AAACUUUUCUUUUUUCGCUACGGUUCGCACGGAAGUGAGUGUCUUCCAUUCCCAUUCCGAUUGUUCACAUUUACAUCCUCAUUUAUCUAGUUAAUCUUUAAGCUUUUUGUCAUCAUGGCUCCAAAAAAGCCAGGUGCGAAUAAAAAAGUUGGGAAGAAGGCGAAAAUUGCUCCAGCACCUCUUGUGAGUGAAAAACCCAAAAAAGUGGUUAAACAGAAAGUUGUUAACCCUUUGUUUGAAAAAAGACCAAGGAACUUUGGAAUUGGUCAGGAUAUCCAACCCAAAAGAGAUUUAAGCCGUUUUGUAAAAUGGCCAAAUUACAUUCGUAUUCAACGUCAAAAAUCUGUUCUUCAGAGAAGGCUUAAAAUUCCACCACCAAUCAACCAAUUCUCAUAUGCUGCAGACAAAGCUACUGUUACUCAAUUGUUCAAAUUGAUGGAAAAGUACAGACCUGAAACUGCUGCCAUGAAGAAAAGAAGAUUACAGAAAAGAGCUGAAGAUAAAAUAGAAACCAAGGAAGAUCAACCUACAAAACGUCCAAAUGUCAUCCGUCAAGGAAUUAAUACUGUUGUAAACCUUGUUGAACAGAAAAAAGCGCAACUAGUUGUUAUUGCACAUGAUGUGGAUCCUUUGGAGUUGGUAAUAUAUCUUCCAGCAUUAUGCCGUAAAAUGGGUGUUCCUUAUUGCAUUAUCAAAGGAAAAUGGAGGUUAGGAAACCUUGUACGUCGCAAAAACUGUACUGCUUUGGCUAUAACACAAGUUGAUACCGGUGACCGUGCAACUUUAGCUAAAUUAGUGGAGUCUAUUAAAAACAACUUUAAUGAGCGAUUUGAUGAAUUCAAACGUCACUGGGGUGGUGGAGUUUUGGGUGCCAAGUCUGCAUGCCGUCUCGCUAAAAUUGAGAAAGCAAAGGAAAAGGAACUGGCACAAAAACAAUGAGAUUUAUGUAUAUGACUUUCACCUAAUAAAACAUAAAAAAUUUGAUGUA